GACAGCAAAUCCAGCCGGGAGCGGGGAGAGAAGCGCCGGCUGCGGGGCUUGGAGGCGCUGGUGGAGGACGGGGGCGUGGAGUGCAGGCGCUCCCUGGAGCGGAGGCCCAACCGGCUGGGCAGCUCCCGACUCGCGGAGCCCGAGGACGACGACAGCGAGGGCCCGGAGUCCAGGAGCGACUAUGCCCACGUGCUAGACUCCACGAUCCGCUUCGGGAUCGGCCCCGGGACGCCUCACAGCGUUUCCUUGCGGACCCUGGGUCGCUGUUUCUCGGGCGUCAGUGUCAUUAACCAGCUGGCGAUGAUGGGCGACCCCAAUCUUCUGGAAAUGGUGGAGGAGGAAGGGAUCUCAACUGAUAAAGAAAUGGAAUUUUCUAUCCAAAUGAAUGAGGAUGUGAGCAGUAGAGAAACCAGCUUUCUCAUCAGUGAAGAAACAGCGUUUCAAAGAGAUAAACAAAGCAAAGAUUCUAUAUUCUUCCGAGAUGGGGUUAGGCAAAUUGAUUUUGUCCUUUCCUAUGUGGAAGAUGUAAAGAAAGAUUUAGACAUAAAAGCGGAAAGAAGAAGAGAGUUUGAAAGAAAUCUCAGAAAAUCAGGUCUUGAGUUGGAAAUUGAAGACAAACGGGACUCUGAAAAUGGAAAAACUUAUUUUGUCAAGAUCCACGCUCCUUGGGAGGUACUAGUUACUUAUGCUGAAGUGUUGGGAAUCAGAAUGCCCAUUAAGGAGAAUGAUAUUCCCCGAACUCAGUACACUCCCUUGAAUUACAUGCUUGGGCCAGUGAAGCUUCCAGCCACUGUGAAGCAUCCUCACCCUGAGUAUUUUACUGCCCAAUUCACCAGACAUCGGCAAGAGCUCUUCCUUAUUGAAGAUGAAGCAAGCUUCUUCCCAUCAUCAUCAAGAAACAGAAUUGUGUACUAUAUUCUCUCACGGUGUCCUUUUGGCAUAGAAGAUGGAAAGAAAAAGUUUGGGAUUGAAAGACUACUAACUUCGAACACAUACUCAUCUGCGUAUCCACUACACGAUGGCCAGUACUGGAAGCCAUCAGAAAAUCGUUGCAAUGAAAGGUAUAUACUUCACAAGCACUGGGCUCGGUUUUCCCUUUUUUAUAAGGAGCAACCUUUAGAGUUGAUUAGGAAUUAUUUUGGAGAAAAAAUUGGUAUCUACUUUGUCUUUCUUGGAUUUUACACAGAAAUGCUAUUCAUUGCAGCUCUAGUUGGAUUAGCUUGUUUUGUUUAUGGCUUAUUUUCAAUGGAAGCUAACCAAAGCAGCACUGAAAUCUGUGAUCCUAACAUUGGAGGGCAGAUAAUCAUGUGUCCACUCUGUGAUAAAAUGUGUGAUUAUUGGAGACUGAAUACCACCUGUUCAGCUUCGAAGUUAUCCCAUUUAUUUGAUAAUGAGUCAACAGUGUUUUUCGCAAUAUUCAUGGGCAUUUGGGUCACAUUAUUUUUGGAGUUUUGGAAACAGCGACAGGCCAGACUAGAAUAUGAAUGGGAUCUGGUGGACUUCGAAGAGGAACAACAGCAGCUACAGCUGAGACCUGAAUUUGAAGCCAUGUGCAAACACAGGAAAAUAAACCCCGUGACCAAGGAAGUAGAGCCUCAUAUGCCACUGUACACUCGAACCCCAUGGUAUAUGUUAUCAGGAGCCACAGUGACACUCUGGAUGGCCCUGGUUCUCAGCAGUAUGGUAUCUGUGAUUGUGUACCGCCUGUCACUCUUUGCUAUAUUUGCUACUUUCAUGGAAAGUGAAGAUUCUCUACAGCAUGUCAAACGUUUCUUUACUCCCCAGCUAGCCACAUCACUUACUGGAUCAUGCUUGAAUUUCAUAGUCAUCAUGAUCUUGAAUUUCUUUUAUGAAAAGAUAUCUGCCUGGAUUACAAAAAUGGAAAUUCCUCGAACUUACCAGGAGUAUGAGAGCAGCCUUACCUUGAAAAUGUUCCUGUUUCAGUUUGUAAAUUAUUACUCGUCCUGCUUCUAUGUCGCUUUCUUUAAAGGAAAGCUUGUGGGCUAUCCUGAAAAAUACACAUACAUGUUUAACGAGUGGAGAAGUGAGGAGUGUGAUCCUGGUGGCUGUCUUGUAGAAUUGACCACACAGUUGACCAUCAUAAUGAUUGGGAGACAGGUGUUUGGAAACAUUAAUGAAGCCAUUUACCCCUUGGCUUUUAAUUGGUGGAGGCGUCGAAAAGCUAGGACCAACUCUGAGAAACUGUACAGUCGCUGGGAGCAGGAUCAUGACCUCCAAACUUUUGGACAUCUUGGGUUAUUUUAUGAGUACUUGGAAACAGUUAUCCAGUUUGGAUUCGUCACAUUGUUUGUGGCCUCUUUUCCUUUGGCUCCUCUCCUUGCCCUCAUAAACAACAUUGUAGAGAUCCGAGUGGACGCCUGGAAGCUUACGACUCAGUACAGGAGACCAGUCGCUGCCAAAGCUCACAGCAUCGGUGUCUGGCAAGACAUUCUUCAUGCAAUGGCUGUGCUUUCUGUUGCAACCAAUGCUUUUAUUGUUGCAUUUACAUCGGACAUCAUUCCUCGUUUAGUUUACUAUUAUGCCUACUCUCAGAACACCACACAGCCUUUGAGUGGCUAUGUCAACAACAGCCUGUCAAUAUUUCUGAUAGCUGACUUUCCAAACCAUAGUAUGCCUUUGGAUAAUAAUCGUGACUUCACCACUUGCAGGUAUAGAGAUUACAGGAAUCCUCCUGAUCAUGAACAUAAAUAUGCUCAUAGUAUGCAGUUUUGGCAUGUCCUUGCUGCCAAGAUGACCUUCAUUAUAGUUAUGGAACACAUUGCAUUUCUAGUUAAAUUUUUGUUGGCCUGGAUGAUACCUGAUGUACCGAAAGACGUUGUAGAGAAAAUCAAACAAGAAAAGUUAAUGACUGUCAAGAUUCUACAUGACUUUGAGCUCAAGAAAUUGAAAGAGAAGUGGGCACUUAAUCAUAAUAUAUAUGCCAAGCAUGUCAUGAUGGAGGAGAGCAAAGUCCAGCUGGCUAAAUCAACCAUCUAACCAGCCGAGUGAGCAAGCAGAGGCUUGCUAGUGUCCUAUCUCUGUAUUCUCUGGGUUUAGGGCUAGAGGCCAGAAGCCAUGUAUGUAAUUUACCUGUUCUGUUCUUUUUUUACUCAAAAAAUUUUAUAUGCCUUUAUAGAGGCCAAUUUUGUGAUGCUGGAAGAGUACCGCUUGUGUGCAUCAUCUUCUGGGCCCUCCCCAGGUAUUGCUUUCUGGGGUCCUGUGAAUGAUAGUCAGAAGUGCAUGUGGAAUUGGAGCCUGGGAAAUCAUGUUGCAGUUUAGAAUGAACCUGGGCCUUGAGUAUUCCCUUCCCUUUCCAGUGCAUCUGUACAUUAGUGUGUUCUUCUGUGGAGUGACAUAUCUCUUUCCCAUCAAGAUUUGAAAGAGAGAGAGAGAGGGGGAGGGAGUAAGGGAGUGAUGGGCCUAUGGAGUCAUGUGAUGCUGCCCUUUAAAAAUGUAUAAAUGGAAAACCAAAAUCAGAUGAUGUAAGGAGACUUGUGUAUUAAAGAAUAUUGGGUAAAUAAUAAAGCAGGAGUCUGUUCCUAGAGUUGUCUGGUAUAAGCAAAGCUACAGUAGAAGUUCAGAUCAACCUUCCAGAAGUCAACAUAGACUAAAUGAGAGUCAAUAAAUGAUAAACAAGUUAACAUUUUGUUGGUAGUAGUUAAGACUGUGGAUCAUCUUAUCUGACAGCAGCAAUAAUGAAGGUAUUAAGUAACUUUAAGCUUUCAGGUAAAUUAAAGUUAUAGAGAAGUAAAUACAUUUUCUUAGUUGUUAAGGCAAGACAGUGAUCGUAAUUAAUUUAUUUUAAUCUAUAAAAUUAUUGAACUUAGAAAAAUCACUUUUCUGGAAUGUCUAUUUUGUAUCAUGAAGCAUUUUUGAGCAUUAGCUUUUGUAUAAAUUAGGUACAGAUUGUUUAUGAAAUGUGAUCUCUUUGUUUUAAUGCAACUUUCAAACUUUUUCAUAAGUUUACCUCCUUUUUUAUUGAUGUAUCUAUCACUUUCCAAAAUAUUCAGUGCCUUGCUUGUAUGCCUUUGACACCUGAGAAAUGGUAUUGUCUGUUCAUUUGACAUGAUGUAACAUUUUUAAUGUAAGCUUGCCUUAGAGAAACUGCCAGUGUAAUAAGAACCAGAAAUUAACACCCAAAAAUAAUCAGCAAAGGAAUAAUAAU